AAGAGAGAUUAUAGAGAAAGAGGGGUACGAGGCUGAGUUAUAUAAACUCAGGGAAAGAGGGAAGGAGAGAAAUAGGAACAUAGAGAGAGAGUAGCAGUUGGCGUGUAUCUCCUCCCCCUCCACCUUCAAAGCUGCGACCUAACACAAACACAUAUGUGCAGAAAUAAGCAAACCUUUGAUAGCACCACUUCUAGCUCCGACAAACCCAAUUAUUCUUCAUACAUACCUUGUUAUUUUGGUGAAGGCACACACCAAGAUAUUAAAACUUGGAGUACUGAACUGACUGUACUUGUGAGUACAUUGGAAAGAUUUCCUUGAAUAACCUCCGUUAGAGAUUAAUGACUCUUCAUAAGAAACAUUUCAAAACUGUCCUUCAAUGACAAACAGGCUUUUGGUUUUCAUUUCAAGUCUGCUACCUCUUCCCAACAAAAGCCUCUGCUCUCCACUUUGCUGAUAUUUAUAUCUAUUUAUCGCUCUCUCUACAUACGUGUGUGUGUGCACAUACUUUAUUACAACUGGAGGAUGGCAUAAGAACUCUCUGAAGAAACAAAAAAACCCAGACAAAAGUGUAUUCUUUAAGCUUAUCAAUUGUUUGAAAUGGGAAAUAUUUGGAGAGAGUAUCAACAAAUUACUCGCGUCAUUUCAAAUAUUGUUGAGGACAAAGUCAGAAACUAAAUCUAUUGGUGAGAAAGUCCAGUAAGAAAGCAAAGAAGCCUGGAUAAUUAUUAUUAUUAUUUGUUUACGACUUUAUAUAAAUCUUUGUUUGAAUUCAGAAACACGGGAAUAUAUUGAAAUAAGACCACGUGGAUUACAGUGGAUUAAAUAAGACUACUGCCAUUCUCUUCCUGCUCAUCCAGUUUGGAUUAUGUGUAAAGAGCCAUGUAUUCUGUACAGUCUAUGGCGUUUCCACAAGCUUUUCCUCAAAAUGACUUGCAUCACCACCAUCAUCAUCAUCACCACCAGCCACAACAGUUGAAAGUGAACUUGAAACAACCUGUCCCACAACAACAACAGCAACCACCACCACAACCACAACAACCACCACCACCACCACCACCACAGCAACCACAACCAACACUACCACUUCAAACAUCAACUAUCAUAGCUCAAGGAAUUUCCAGCUCUGUCCCCGCUGUGUCUUCAGCCAACCAUCAACAUGUAAACAACAGCAGCAACAGUGCCACAAGUAAGAAACCAUUCAAGUGUGACAUCUGCCGGAAAGCCUUUUCUCGCAGAGCAAACUUGGACCAUCAUGAAAAUGCCCCUGCGACAGAAAAGCAUUUCAGUUGUGGCUAUUGUUUCAAGGCGUUUUCACAGAGAGACAAGUUGAAGAGUCACCAAGCUAUUCACACGGGAGAGAGAAACUUCCACUGCGACAUUUGCCAGAAGUCGUUCACGCAGAAAGAUCACCUCAACAACCACUCGCGGACACACAGUGGUCAUCGGCCUUUUAAAUGUCAGGUUUGCUCGAAGGCUUUUUCACAGCGGGCUCAUUUGAAAAACCAUCAUCGCAUACACACUGGCGAGAAGCCAUUUCACUGCACCUUCUGUGGCAAAGGGUUUAGCCAAAGUGCACAUCUUGCUAAGCACGAACGAGUGCAUACUGGUCUCAGGCCAUUCAGCUGUGCCUACUGUGGCAAAUCAUUUGCACAGCGCAGCAACUUGGACAACCACGAGCGCAUCCACACUGGCUUGAAACCCUAUCACUGUGGUGUGUGUUCCAAGUCUUUUGCUCAGCGAGAUCAUCUAAACAACCAUGAACGUAUUCACAGUGGUGAGAGACCAUACAGGUGCACCACUUGCUCCAAGUCGUUUGCACAGCGUGCACAUCUCAACAACCACAAGCGCAUCCACAGCGGCGAGAAACCCUACACAUGCUUGAUCUGUCAGAAGUCAUUCUCGCAGCGAGCUAAUCUGAAAAAGCACGAACGCACACACACUUCGGAAGACAUUCAGAAAGCAUCAUCAUCACAGUCAACUGCAGAAAACACCACAGCCUCAGUUGUUGACAUGAAUUCAACACCAGCACCAGCACCAGCUUCCACUACGCCUUCAUCACAACAACAAACAGUUCACACUCUUAAUGUGUCUCCUGCCUCUUCAGCUUCGUUAAUGAUGAGUGCAUCACCUUGUUGUGCCUCAUCGUUUUCCACACACCCUCAGGAUCCCCAUCUGCAUCCCCAUCAAGUGAUGGUGCCAGACAGACUGUCAAACAGCUACUGUUGGUCUCGUGGCUUUCCUGUCACUGCCUGGAGUGAUAGCCCUGCCGUGCCAACAGUCCCCGCCGGCAGUGUGUUUCCUUGCAAUGGCGGCAUUGUUGGAGUGCACAGUAGCGGUGUGGGGGUGGUGUGUAGUGCUGGAACUGGCUGCAACAGCCAACACCCAAAUAAACAUGGAAUACAACUGGAUCUCAAUAAACCCAAUUCUCAUCAUAAAGGAAAUCUAUCAGUAGUUCAGCCUCUUAACUCAUUUGUUUCUGUAUCUCUGUCAGAAUACAUUGACUUUAAUUCAAUGAAUUUUGAAGAAAAAUCUAGCAAAAUAACUGUCUUUAUUAAGCUGAAUAUUUCUAAAAAGAAAACAUCAUUUCAGGGCACAAGUCAACGAUUUGUUGUGCCGAAUCAGCCGAUUGUAACAAGACCGUAUUCAAAAUUACAACUGAAAUCAUUGGAUUCUUUUCAGUGGGACGGUAACAUUUACCAAAUGAAUCGAACUAUUAAAAAUAAAGCGAACAAUAGUUUAUUGUCCUUAACUAGCAUAUUAUGUUUCACUGAACACAUGGAGAAUACACCGUUGGAUAACAUGAGCAUGUUGUUUCAAUCAAACCAGCAUUGUGCAAACAACAGACGAAACACACAGCCAGACGAAGACAAUAUUCUGUCGGGAAUUUUCAAUGAAGAUGUUUCAAAGGCAACACAAAUGGAGAAAAAAGAAAGAAAACCAUUAAGAUAUUCGUCAGUCAUUGCUUGUGAAAGGCUUCUAUUAAAAUAUCCAGACAAUUUGAUGUAUCUAUUAUUGCAAAUGGUACUGACGCCAGAAAUACAUUGUCAGCCAUUUCAAAACGAAAAGCACAGGAAAUCAUUAUCUGAAGAGAACUUAUUGGCAAAAUUAGUUAAAUGUAAUCUGAAUGAGUAUGUCGGUCGUGUUGUGAUGUUUUCUCUGACUAUAAAACAUGAGAACGGUUUUUUUGAUAAAAGUAACAAUUGCAGAGACCUGGCAGGUGAGAAGCAACACAAGAGAAAUAAUUCGCCAUCUGGUGAAGCCAGAUUGAAAGACACGGGUGACGACAUUCAGAAAAGCCAGCCGCCAAACAUUUUCACAAAGGAACAACGUGCAAUGCUGAUAUAUUACGUAUUUUUCCAGUGUUUGACGUUUUCCCUGUAUUAUGUCCAUCAAAAAAAUAGCAGAAUGGAUCGUUCUGCAGGAAUGAAGAAUAUUCACGAUACCGUUUGUGGUUUACAAUUUCCACAGGGACACAAUCUUCAAGGAAGCCAAAGAGUGGCACCAAUGAGUGAAUGUUUAAUGUUUCAUGGCGCUAUUUCCGGUAAACAUUUCCCACAAGAGCACAGCAUGCAGUCUCAGAGAGUUCCUUACAUCACGACAGAUACCGUCUUCCCAACCAAUAUCUACUCAGGCAAACAGAUGUUUACCAGUCAACCCUGCUAUCUGCCAGCAACUACUUUGACCAGUGUUGAUAGAUCAGAAGAUGACCGUUCGGUCCAUAACACAGGGACAGGCAGUAGCGGUGGGGGUGGUGAUCACAAUCAGUCUACAACAUCAGCAUCUCCGCCUCUGCCUUCUUCAAAGCAUCAUCAGCAGCAGCCACAGCAGCAAGUACAACAGCAACAACAUCAUCAUCAUCAACAACAACAACAGCAUCAUCAUCAUCAUAGCCAACAGCAACAGCAAAACCAGUUGCAUAAAUCAGCUGCUAGCAACUCUGAUAAAUCUGGUUCAUCGUAUCAAAGUUGUUGUUCCAAUGCCAACUGUUGUCAGCAGAGGAAGAGUUCGCAACAGAUGCAGCCACAGACUGCGUGCAAGACACCUUCUCCAAUGAAUCACCAGACACAUCAACAUCAACAACAACAGCAGCAACAACAACAACUUCAUAACCAGCCACGACAACAGCAACAACAACAACAACAACAACAACAACAACAACAACAACAGCAGGCUGUUAAACCUCGUCAAAAACAACUGUUCUGUGACUUUUGUGGGAAAGAGUUUGCACAGGAAUAUCUUAUGCAAAUGCACCGAAGAACACAUACUGGCGAAAGACCGUUCCAGUGUGAAAUCUGUUUGAAGCAGUUUGCCCGUCGAGACACUUUGAGGAUUCAUUUGAGAACACACACAGGAGAGAAACCGUUUCAGUGUGACGUUUGCUUCAAACAGUUUGCCCAAAAAGAAUACUUAGUGGUCCACAAGAGGUCACACACAGGAGAGAAACCUUUCCAAUGUGACUUCUGCAUUCAGAAAUUUGCUCGCCGUGACACAUUACAAAUUCACCGUCGAAUGCACACAGGGGAGAAACCGUUUCAGUGCACGUAUUGUACGAAGCAGUUUACACAGCAGAGUAAACUGCAGGUUCAUAAACGAACUCAUGUUCGUCGGAAACGAUUCCAUUGCGACAUCUGCUUGAAACUGUUUGCCCGGAAGAGUUACCUAGCAACACAUAAACGCUGCCACACCGGAGAGAAACCUUUUGGCUGCGAUAUUUGUUUGAAGCAUUUUUCUCAAAGAGAUUAUUUGCAGAUCCAUCGCCGCAUCCACACUGGAGAUCGGCCAUAUAAAUGUGAGGUGUGCUUUAAGCAGUUUGUUCGUCAAGACACUCUCAAGAUUCACCAUCGUACUCACACUCGGGAGAAGCCAUACGGCUGUGAUAUCUGCUUAAAAAACUUCGCCCACCGGCAUUACCUGGCCAUCCACCGCCGGUCUCACACAGGCGAGCGCCCAUACCAAUGUGAAUUUUGUCUGCUCCAGUUUGCUCGACGAGAUAAGCUCCUUGUACACCGCAGGUCUCAUACAGGGGAGAAACCUUUCCAGUGUAACAACUGUGACCUGAAGUUUGCCAGUCCUGAUGAGCUGAGACAUCACAAGAAGUCUCAUGGUCCUACGACUGUCUCCAUGGAUUCAGGAAGCUUUAACAGUGCUAACGUCAACCACCAACACCAUCAUCAUCACCAUCACAUUCAUCAACAUCAACAACCACAGCAGCAGCAGCAGCAGCAACAACAACAUAUUUCUUAAAUAUCGACCCUGGCAACAAUGCCAGCCUUUCCAACAUCAUCUCUAUCAAUUAUUUCUCUUCUCAUUUGCAAUAUGCUAAUUUAUUCUUCCCAUGAUGUCUCUCUUCUCCAAUGUAACCAGCUACACAUCUUACCAACUCUCCCAUUCUCAAAUACAUACAUACACACACACUCAACUCCGACUAUUACUCUUUAAUAUGUACACACAUCCCAUCUAUCAUGGCAAUCUCUCUCUCUCUCAAGCAUUUACAUUCUCAAAUAGAAGACACAUUCACUCCCAUCUCAGUAAAUUCACUGUGGGCCCCUGAUUAAACUUUACACUCUACAAUAUGUUCAUUGUGACCCUUACAUUACUGACAUAUAUCUCACAUUUGAGAAAUAAUAUUCAAAUAACACUAGAAUUAUUCACCACAGGCUUGAAGGGGUAGAUGCGUGGUGGCAUUGAUGCCCUUCUGAAACUGUUCCACAACUCAUAACUGGUUUGUGAAUCCAGCUCAUAAAAAGUUCUUAUUUAAUUGAUUGAUCCCAACAAACUUGUCCAAGACUGGUUGAAAUUGAAACAGUUGUUUGCGGGUUUGAACUCGAGUAGGCAGAGGGAUUAAUAAGAUAAGACAGUAGUGUUGCCCGAGAAGAAGGAAUGGCUGAAGUGUUUAGUAAUUCAGACAUUAUAAGAAUGUCAGGAGAAGACCAGGGGGCAACUUGUUAGUAAAGUAAAAGUUGUGGAGUUGGUGGUAGAAGAGAUGGAGAAAAGAAUGGGUUUGUGGGUUUAGUUGUGUAGCAUGUCCACAGGGAUUUUUGGCUAUCUAUAGUGCUUGCAUGAGAAACAGCAGCUCCACUGCAGAUGGGGAAAAGGGCCUGCUGUCUCCUAUCAUGGCUAGCUUGUACCACAUCCCAAAGGAUUGAGCUGUGACUUUAAACAAGUUACUUGACUCUUCCAUUUCCAAAGCAGAGGAAAUGACUUAUCCGAUCAUUUAUUUCUAUUAAACAACAAAUAAGAUUAAUUUGUCCCUCAGCCAAACCCCUGCCAACCCCCCAAUGCUGUUUUCCUUUUAGAUCAUAGCAAACUUCAAAUCUUUUUUUUUUUUCUGUAAAUUCUUCAUCUAAGCUCAAUCUUUGGGAACCAUACGCCAGUGCCAUAAAUUUUAAGGACCACAUUUUUACUUUCAUCAUUGGUGGUGGUGAGGUGUCACUAUCAGUACCAUAGACAUCUAACCACUCCCUCACUCAUUGAUUUAAGGUCAUUACAUUGGAGUUCAGUCCUUGUUCUCAUUGAAACAUUCAACACUGCACUCUUAUGACCUUCAACAACUGACAUCGUUCUUUACAUUGGAACCCCUUAGCUUAAACAGAAGCUCUCUACCAACUACUACCCCCCUCCCCCGUCUUAGUUGUGGUAACACCAAUUUAUUGGGACACAGCUCUGUGGAGUGUCCCUUCCCAGUCAUGAUGAUGAUGAUAAUUAAGUCUGUAGCUAUGCAAAAUCUGUAGACACUCCCCUACUUCCCUCGCCCAUAGUUUAUGUUUUUAUUUCCCCCUACCCCCAGUCAUAUAGCCCCUUCCCCCCAAUAGAUACCAUCAUAUUCAGUGACCCCUAUAUUUGUCUGUCGUUGUUUGCUUUUGGUGCCUCACCCUAUCUUGAACCCAGACAGCAGACUUUUCACUUGAACUAUUUACCAGUUGGCUCAGAUUCAGUUCAGAAAUAAAUCCAAUAAAGAGGUCUAACCAUGGUAAACUUA